GGGAGGGGGAGGGGAGGAGGGGAGGCCGGUGACGUCACUCGGGAGCAGGGAUAAAGCUCCUGGGCCGCGGUCCCGCGAGGACACUGCCCCGGGAUCAGAGUGGGCUUUCCCGCCCCGGGACACUCGCUGCACCCCCGCCUGAGGAAGGCCGUGCACCAUGCCCCAAAACGUGAUCCUGCCGGGCCCUGCGCCCUGGGGCUUCAGACUCUCGGGGGGCAUAGACUUCAACCAGCCCUUGAUCAUCACCAGGAUCACUCCAGGAAGCAAGGCAGCAGCUGCCAACCUGUGUCCUGGAGAUGUCAUCCUGGCCAUUGAUGGCUACGGGACGGAGUCCAUGACUCAUGCUGAUGCACAGGACAGGAUUAAAGCAGCAGCACACCAGCUGUGUCUCAAAAUUGACAGGGCGGAAACUCGCUUAUGGUCUCCACAGGUAACUGAAGAUGGGAAGGCUCAUCCUUUCAAAAUCAACUUAGAAUCAGAACCACAGGAGUUCAAACCCAUUGGUGCCGCGCACAACAGAAGGGCCCAGCCUUUUGUUGCAGCAGCAAACAUUGAUGACAAAAGACAGGUAGUGAGCGCUUCCUAUAACUCACCCAUUGGGCUCUAUUCAACUAGCAAUAUACAAGAUGCGCUUCACGGACAGCUGCGGGGUCUCAUUCCUAGUUCACCGCAAAAUGAACCCACCACUGCCUCCGUGCCCCCACAAUCAGAUGUGUACCGGAUGCUCCAUGACAACCGGAAUGAACCUACUCAGCCUCGCCAGUCAGGCUCCUUCAGAGUGCUCCAGGAACUAGUUAAUGAUGGCCCUGAUGACCGUCCUGCUGGAACUCGGAGUGUAAGAGCUCCAGUUACAAAAAUCCAUGGUGGUGCUGGCGGCACUCAGAAGAUGCCACUCUGUGACAAAUGUGGGAGUGGCAUUGUCGGUGCGGUCGUGAAGGCGCGGGACAAGUACAGACAUCCAGAGUGCUUCGUAUGUGCUGACUGCAACCUUAACCUCAAACAAAAGGGCUACUUCUUCGUGGAGGGGGAGCUGUACUGCGAAACUCAUGCCCGAGCCCGCAUGAGGCCCCCAGAGGGCUAUGACACAGUCACUCUCUAUCCCAAAGCUUAAAUCUUAGGUCAGCGGAGCAUGCCCUCACCUCCGUGCACCUACCCCAGUUAGUGGCUUGGGCAGAAGUCUAGCCAACUGCCGACUCCCAAUCUAGAACCUAGCUUUUGGAUGUUUCUCUUGCUGUAUUCUCAGGAGAAGGAAUAGGAGGCAGAUGCCUGCUGUAACAGAAACACACAUUCAACUCUUUUUAUCUUUGGAGCUAGCGAUAAUUUAAUGACAUUUAAAGCAAAAAUGUUUUGUGUCAUACUCCACAGUUUACAUUUAUAUUAUGACCACCAAACAUGUAAACAUCAAGAUAUUUGGGGGAGUCUAAUUGUCUUUCCUUAACAAGUUGACUUUGCAAUUGCAGUAAAUGCCAAAUGGCAGUCUUGUAUUCUAACACAACCUGCAGGUGUCUGUUAUCUGUUUUAACUAUUAUAGUGCAUGUCGGGGAGAGAUUCCUUAGAUCUCUCUAGUUUCAUCUUCAAACAGUUAUCCCACUGGAUGCAACAUACAUAAUAAAUACAUAAAAUAUUUUUAAAAUACCUAAUGAAGUGGCACUCAAUGAAUUCAGAUGAAAUCAACAUUCCAGUGAGAAGCUCCACUCAUAUUUUGUCUUGUACACUAACAACUCAGGUAUUUUAAGAAAAAUGUGGCUUCUUUAGCUUUUAGAACUAAUUUACUCUUUCUUAUGAGCCCACAAUUUCUGCUGAUAGGAGGGGAAAUUUUAAAUUUGCAAAAGGUAAUGUAGUCUCUUUAAGAUUAAAAGUUUCUUUUGCUUUGAAA